UUUUCCAAGAAAGACGCUUCGUUAGGUCUUAGUUCACGUAUUUCCUAAUAACAGGUCUGUAAAUGGGAUUUUUGUCAUAAAAAUACAAUUUAAUUAGCUUAUUACCUCUCUGUAACAAGCAUUAUUCAACUAUGGAAGAGGAAGCUGCACCUGAAAAUAAGAUGGAAGAUUUAGACAUCGAAAAUAUGAAGGUGACUGAAUUGAAAAAGAAAUUAAAGGACAAUGGGCUUCCUACUACUGGUAACAAAUCAGAGUUAGUAGAGCGGCUGCAAGGAUCCAUACUUGCUGCAAAAAAUGCUGCUUCUUCUAAUCCAGAAGGUAAUGCUGCUUCUGAUCCAGGAGGUAAUGCUGCUUCUGAUCCAGGAGAUAAGGCUACUCCUAAUCCAGGAGAUAAUAUUGCUUCUAAUCCAGGAGAUAAUGCUGCUUCUGAUCCAGGAGAACCUGUGUCAUCUAGUUCUGAGUUAGAUUCCUCUUUAUUAAAUGAUAGCAGUAAACUGAGUAUUUCAUCUACUGAGCCUGAGGAAAAGGACAAUGCUAAGAUUUGUGAUAAUGAGCUAAAUGUUUCUUCUGAAAAGUCAAAAGAAUCCCCUGCGACUACAAAUGCUUUGAAACCUUUAAAAAAGCGUUUUGUAGCACCAACUUCUGAUGGAAGUAGCGAAAAGAAACCCAAAAAAAUUGUUUUGAAGAGAAACAAUGUUCCUACUCCAAAAUUUAUACCUAACAAACCUUCUGAACCACUUGAAAAUAAAAAUGUAGUUACAUGCGACAAAAGUGAUGUUACUAAAUGUAAAGAUAGCAAAGAAGAAAUUGUCUCAGCUAGUCCUAUUAAAGAAGGGUCUAAUAAAAUUAAUUUAAAGGCUGCUAAAAAUAUCUCUGCAAAUGAGAGAUUUAAUAUGCGAGCCAAAAGAUUUAAUAUUAUUACUGCCCCUGAACCUGUUUCCAAGAGUGGUAAAAUUAUCAUCACGUCAAAGAAGAAUCAAGCAUCCAGUGACACAUCUACUCUUUCUUCUACUUCUGCAGCCCAUACAGUUGUAGCAACCCCUCAACAAAGAAGAAUUCAACGUUUUGGUAUAAACUUUUCUAAAGUAGUACCAUGGGAUAAGCAGCAACCAGACGGACUCAAACGAAAAAUUUACGCUGAAGACCAAGAGAAAAAGAGGAGAAGAGCUGAAAGAUUUGGCCUCAUAUAAAGCUAUUUUUUUUAAUAUUCAUGUCAUUGUUUUCCAUUUCAACAUGUUUUAACAGCUUUAUUGACUGCCAGUUGUGGAAAAAUGAUGGAAUGCAUAUAUUGAAGUUUUUAAAAAAUAAUUCGUAACUGAAAUUUUAGAAAUCUUUUAUUACUUCAACCUGAAGUAUUUUGAUAUAGUGAUUUGAUUGUUAUAAAUAUAAAUUCAUUUUGAUUUACAUAAAAAAAUUCUUUGUCUUGUUCUUUAUUUUAUACCAUCAUAUUGCAUUUUGUUUAUCUCUGCAUCAUUAGCUGUAAUUUUUUCAGUUAAAUUUAUCAUAUAAUUUUUCAAUCUAAUAUGUACAUUAGGGUGGAACGAAAAAAUUAAUUUUUGAUUUUUUUGUUUGCAAUAGCAUGAAAAAGUUGCCUUUUGGUAUAGAUGAGAUAAAUAAAAAUUAUUAGAUUACAUCUUGAGGUGCCGCAAGGACGUUAAAGUUUCAUAAAAACGCACUUUUGCAACUUUUUAAGGAUUUUUGCAUGUUUUGAUGAAUUCUAGAUCCAUCAAAUAGACGAGAAGAGAUAAAACUACCAGAUACCUGUGUGGUUUAAUAUUAAGUUAAAACCUUCAUGUACUUAUUGUUCCAAAUAUCUUUUUAAUCUUAUCUCAUAUUCACGCUAUCUCUCUGACGAUCGCAAGAACGUUAUAGACCAGAUUAUUCAAAGAAAUGGGUACUUUGCUGCUUCAAAAAAUAUCCUUUUGUCCAUGCUAAGUGGUGAACGUAAAAUUCAAAGAGAACUUGGUUUACGACGUGUUUUAAAAGCAAGAACAGAAAGUAAAGGCAGAGUCAGGAAGUUUAAAGUUCCAAAGAUAAACUUCGAUGCAAAGGAUUACAUCGACAUGAUCUCAUGGCUUGAAAAUGACGUUACUUCUACUCUUGCUAUAACAUGUUUCCAGUGCCUCUCUCAAAGGCUUUAUACAAAAGGCAUCUGAAUCUGAAUUAAAUAGUAUAGGGGACUCGGUUAUCGACUUUCCUCGUCUUUCUUGUCACAUGCAAGCAGUGGAAAGAGCUGUGAAACUAGUGGCAAUGAAGUUGUUGGUAGAAUGGAAAUAGUUUAAUGUGGCAAUGAAAUAGAAACAAACAUUUUGCUGCUGUAAAAUUUGUAAUCAUUGAGAAUACAGAAGUAAGAAACUCAAAAUUUGACAUAAAAUUUUUUUUAUUAUUAUCAUACGUUGUAAUUUACAAUUUUUUCCAAUUGUAAUGCUUAUCUAUGUAAUUAAAAACAUCUUUUGUAACAUUAUAUGAACGAAAAAUUCAUAAAAAUAUUUUAUCAGAGUUUAUAAUUUUUCAAUUUUUUUUUACUAACUUUAAGCUUUUUGCGGCACCUUGAGAUAUUGUUGUAUUGCAACCAGAAUUUUUUAAAAUUCUUUUUGAACCUAAAAGCUAACUUCUCGACUAUUAUCAAAUUAAAAUCUAAGAUAACUUUUUAAAGGCCCACUUUAAAAAUUUCCAUUUUUUUUUCAAUUGUUUUACAAAUUUCACGCUCUUUGCGGCACCUCAAGAUUAUGUAAUAUUGCAACCAAAUAAAAAAAAAAUUGUUUUUGAACCUAAAAGGCAACUUUUUCGCACUAUUUCCAAACUAAUAUAUAUAUAUAUAUAUAUA